ACUGAGAGCAGUGCAGAGACAGAGAUAAGGGGGGAAACUGCACAUUUGGUACCCAGGCUUCCCAGUGCGCACAGAUCCCGGCUGCACCGUCCGACCAGCUCUCAGCUCUGCAGGAUGAGUUCAUUCAGUACGAGGGCUCUGACGCUGCUCUCGUCGGUGUUCGGGGCCUGCGGUCUGCUGCUGGUGGGUGUCGCUGUGUCGACAGACUACUGGCUGCUGAUGGAGGAGGGAAUCGUGCUGCAGCAGAACCAGACCACCGAGGUCAAGAUGGCGCUGCACUCCGGCCUGUGGAGGGUCUGCUUCGUGGCAGGACCAGAGAAGGGCAGAUGUGUGGCAUCAGAAUAUUUCACAGAGCCAGAGAUAGAGAUCACGACAGAGAACACAGCCAACAUACUCAAAAUGGUCCGGACUGCCACUCCCUUUCCGAUGGUCUCCCUGCUCUUUGUCUUCACCGCCUUUGUCAUCAGCAACAUCGGGCACAUCAGGCCACAGCGCACUAUCCUCGCCUUCGUUUCUGGUAUAUUCUUCAUUCUGUCAGGUCUGAGUCUGGUGGUGGGUCUGGUUUUGUAUAUCUCCAGUAUUAAUGAUGAGGUGAUGAACCGACCUCGAGAGCCCGAGCAGUUCUUCCACUAUCACUAUGGCUGGUCCUUCGCCUUCGCCGCCUCCUCCUUCCUCCUCAAAGAGGGUGCAGGAGUGAUGUCUGUCUACCUCUUCAUGAAGCGUUACGCUGAGGAGGAGCUUUACCGGCCCCACCCUGCGCUCUAUCGCCCCCGCAUGUCUGACUGCAGUGACUACAGCGGCCAGUACCUCCACCCGGACUCCUGGGCUCCACCACAGCGGGGCCGCAGUGCCUCCGAUGUCUCCUCCGACAUUUCCAUCCAACUCAACCAAACUCCACCCCAGCAACCACCUCCCAAAGGAGGCAGCAGCUCCCAGGCAACACCCUCCUCCUCUGGACCAUCAUCAGCUGCCAGCUACCAGCUCCAACCAGCUUCUUCCUCCUCCACCUCCUCCUCAUAUCCACACCCUCUUCACCCAGGUGCCACCUCCACCCUUUCCAGGGGUUCACAUAUCCACUCCCACCCUCAGCCACACCCUCACCCGAGUGGGCCUGCACCCCAGUCCCUGCCUAUGGCAGCACCACCCUCUGCUGUGCCUCCUCCACGCUAUCACACACACAUGCGAAUGAGCGCCUCGCCAUGCUAGGCUACAUAUGCAGGGAACAGGAGGGAAAAACACAUCUGGGGUGGGGGGGUGGAGGUAGAUUGGUUCUGAUACAGUGCUUAUACACCACAUGACAAAAACACACAUGAACACAAAUGUACCCGCAAAGUGCGUGUGGAGGAGGGCUGCAGCAAAGUAGCAGGAGGGAGAAGGUGAAGGAGAUCAAAAAAGAGGAGAGAAGAGGAAAGGAAAGAGGGAGGAGGGGAGGAGAAGCAGGUGGGUGGAGGGAUGACUCACUGCUGAUGCUGAGCCUGAGAUGAAGACAGACACACAACAAAACUUUGAACACGCUGGGAGGGAACACGGGAGGGAAGGAGCGAGGGAUACGAUGAUUAGCAGCAACAAGACGUGUGUGGGGUUUCUGACGGGUACAUUCAUCAUGGCGGCCAUGAUACACAGGCAACAGCGUCAAACAGUACAGGAAACAGGAAGCAGAAUCAUUUCAGUGCUCAUUUGAGUCCUUUAAUGUGAGAUAACUUAAAAACAGUCUAAUUUUUGUUCAUCAACAUAAAAACACCUGAAAUGAAUUAUCAAACUUUAUCAAAGUUUUAUGAUCUUGAUUAAAAAGGGGAGUGUGUAUCAUACCCUUUUAUUUCCCAUAUAUUAUUAUGCCAUAAUCCAAAAGACCAGUGGGUGAGCCUGGGUGAUUCUAACCUACAGUCAGAGCCAUAAAACAUCAUUUUACAGCAGAAACAAUAUGACAGCAGCAUCCUGUAAGAAUCUGCAGUUACUUCAGAAAAAUUCAAAUACCAUUUUUUAUUAGCAUCCAGGUGUCUAACAAGCAAUUUAUAUUCAAAAUGAACAAAAACCCUGUUCAUGGAAAACCAUUUUUCCAACAGCGUGAUACAGAAUGAAGUAAUAACCAGUACUGCUUACAGCGUUUGCCCUUGUACCGUGACCUACAACACAACCAGAGGUCAACUGUGUAUUCAUAGAUUUAUACUUCCAGUGUACAGAUACUCUUCUUCUCCCUCUUCUCGAUCUUUAUCUCACGUUUAAGAUGUUUUAGUGACUGAAUUUUCUAAGUUGUUUGUAUUUGAAGUUGGAAGCAUUGAGAAUGAAUGUUUAACCCUUUGAGGGCUGAAACUGAAGAUGUAGCUGAGAGACUGUUUAACCGAGUGCAGUCGAGGACCCCUAACCCCUAACCCACCCGUGGAACAAUCAAACUGGAUGCCUUGGAGUUUUGACGUUGAUGCUAUGAAAUUAAGAAUUUAAUGUCUUAGAUGUAUAGAUAAUACUACAUGCAGAUAUGAGAUGAUGUAAAGCCAGGCUCAGAUUGGAUUUGAAUCUGUUCAGUUCACAGAACACCAGCAGGACUGAACUCACCUCUUUUGGAUGGUUUAUGUGGAAUAUUAACUGGAUUAACUCCCAGUUUCCUAAAGUAAAGAUCCGAAGAAGAUCGUCCUUUCCAUUUGCAGUGAUUUACAUUUGGCACUGUGGCUCUGCUCAGUAUGGAAGGCCUGAGGUGGGGAGAGCGUGUGUCCUUAAGGCCUCGGUCACACGAGCCUAGAGAUCAGUCGCUGACCUCCUGGCAACUUCUGGUUACUAUGGAAAAAUGUGUAUUCCCAGGAGGAUCCUGGGUUUAGGUGGGCUGCAACAGUUUGCAGGCUGGCAGCUUCAAUACUGUGACUUCUGUGAGACUGACAGUUGGAUGGCGUUUAAUUUUGGUGUUUGGGUGACAGCAUUCUGACCUGAACUGACAGAUUUGAAAUGGAAUCUGACUCUUCCUGGCCUGAUAUGAGUGUUUUGUAUAAAGAGUAGAUGGAGGUAAAGGCGUGGCACUUUGAGGAACAUGAACUUAGAUGGAGCGCAAACUGAAAAUGUGAAUCACUCCAGGUUUCCCUGCUUUAACUGUAUUUGGCUCAGUUUAACACAUCCUCACAAUAUGAAUGUGUUUUAAGCAACAAGAAAGCAGAAUUCAGGUCGUCGGCGUUUACAUGAAACAGGAAAUUGUGAGUCAUUCUAAAAGUGUUUCAAUUAUAGAGUAAGUCUGGGGUUGUUCAGAGGUGCGCUGGAAAAACUUCACUGAAGAAAUCAUUUUAUUCACUUAUGACCCUCAUUUGCUCCCAUUAUUAGGUGCAAUUUGAAUGCUUCUGAUUCUGAGUACCUAUAAAUAUGUUCCUAUGAGACACAUUUUCCAGUUUGCCUCCUGUCCAAGUUCUCCUGUUGCAGCGACUUCCUUGUUUUUGUAGCAUAUUAACAAUCAUGCCCAGCAUAGGGCAUCGUUUGUAGCCAUUUUUAGACCUAUUGGAGAGAAAUGUUCUGCUUACAGCCUGUGAUACUGUUAAAGAAAAACAUUGUAGCACAUUCAUUGCAGUGUUAAUAGCAUAUUUUAUGAAUAUUUGCUAUGUGAAAAUGAAAUAGGAAAUUCUUUAGCAGCUGAUUAUGAGAGCUUCUGCUUUAUGUUUUGAGAUGUUUAUUUUAAAUGCCAAAGCUGAGCAUCCUUGCUGUGUAGCGAGCACACACACACACACACACACACACACACACACACACACACACACACACAGAGAUAUAUUUAUGUAGCUGCCCUCUGAGGUUUUUUCUUGAUACAAAUAAAUCAGAACAGUGUUUUUGAGGACAUCACGUGUAGCGCUUGGAUUCAGUGAACAACUUUUGAAAAGUUUACUUCCUGUGUUCAA